UGCCUGUGACUUGUUUGGUAGGUUUCUUUUAUUUUAGUUUUUGUUUACAUUCCCUUAUUUUUCAUUUGCACGCCGUUUUAUUUUUAAUUUUUUUCUUUGGUUGACGAUAACGAUUAAUUUGUUAUUCUAUGCACGAAUCUUGGGUACCCAUCCCUCCAUGUAAUGGGAUAGUUCCGGUACGCCCGGUCCCAUGAAAGCUGCCUUUAACUCGCUAGAUCAUAGCGGAGCUUUUUCAUUUCUAUCUGGGAGGACCAUUUUCUUAUUCAUCAUAAUGAGGAAAAAGCAAAUGGCCAAUCGUCCCAAGUUCCUUAUGGAAGGGCUGCCCUCUCGUAUCCUCAGUUCUGGUGCUUGUCUCAUUCUCUUUUUCAUUUGAAUGCUUCGCCCUCUUUACUUUUCCAUGACCUGCAUCUGUUGAAUAUUCUCUACUCCGUACUCCUGAAAGAAGAGACCAAUACCCAAUCACUCACUAUACAGUCGACGUUUGCCAACAGGCUAUUCCUUUGUCGACUAUCCCACCAAUUUCCACCUGUUCCUCCUCUCGACGUGGGACGACACCGAGCUCGAUAGCUGUCUAUGCCGUCUGUAUCAGGUGCUUGACUACGACAACGAAGAAGGCCGACUACUUGAAGAAAACGCUGAAUCUCCCUCUGUGAAACUUGGCUAUAUCUAGGUCUAGGGGACCUCUUUACCCUCUAUUCACCGUGGCUCUCCUCACUUCCCAAAGCCUUUCUCACCUCGGCUACUCAGGGUCGACAUCUUCAAGACUGUCUCCCCAUCCUGAAAACCGUGAUCAUUGUCCAGGCGACUUCCUACCUAGUCCUCCCUCCUCCCUCUCUCAAUUUCAGCUACACGAGGGCCGUAGUCCUUUGGAGAGAGGGAAGGACCGUCCAUGCCACUUCCAAGGUCAACUUCCCUUCGGAGGAGAACAAAAUCUUAUGUCGCAGCGGCCCUAUGCUUCAAAUUCUCCUUCCGACGAGACUUCCCAGCCUGUCAGCCAACUUCUGACAUCCACCAGCCGUUCAGCUCCUACGCAAGAUGAAGUUGAGACGGUAGAUCCACAAGUGCAGCAUGGCGCUCAAGGGCUCCCUCCUAAUCGGUCGGGGUCGAUGAGAGGCGAUGAGACACCUCCAGAGCUUGUGCAUACUAGAAGACCGACACCUUCCAGCCAGAAUGUAGCAUCUCAGCAACGGUCUCGAUCUUUAGGGAUGCAGGCCAUCCUUAAUCCAUCGACUCAUUCUCCGACGGAACCAAUCUCACGUCAAGGUAGCCGGGAGCCACUAGGAUCUCCGACAUCCACAGCUACAUCUCCCUCUGCGCAUAUCCAUGGGACGCCAUCUCCAGUCCAACCUCCAGCACAGCCUACACGGCACUAUCAUUAUGAAACCUUUAAUAUGUCGCCAAGGGUCGAACGGAGGAUGUUAACCCCAAAGUCACCCGCUGUUCGCGCUGCAAGCUUAGGAAGCGGGCGAUAUCCUCCUGUCCCAGGUACCAUCAAUGCAAUACAAUCGCCAUUUCUACAGUCCCCCCCGCCUCCGAGAUUUGCAGGGGGCGUUCCCAGGUUGAAUGUUGAAUCUGCUUCCUCCACGGUUCCCAGUAGAUUAACCCAGCCUCGCCGUACAACUCACGCUGCGAAUAUUUUCUAUGACCAGCGACCUCCGACUAACCCCCAGUCUCAAGAGACAAGUCCACGCACCCCUCAAUCAUCAUAUACCUCAUUCAGCCAGGCAUCACCCGCUCCAGUUCCGCCGGCUCACAUUCAGCCACAACAUCAGCAUCCUGCUCCCAUAUCAAAUCCAGCUAUGUCUGGGUCAUCCAGGAGCGCCAUAGCACAGUCACUUUUCGGAGACCGUACGGGGGAUCCUGCAAACGUGCCUCCUUGGUCCAUACCCCUCGUUCUUGACACAGAUUCCGGAUCAAUAAAAGCCAAGAUAAAACGUGAAAAGAAUAGCAGUGCUUCCAAAAGGUUUAGACAAAGGAAGAAGGCCGUGGAGGAAGAACAAAUGCAGACCAUUAGAAGACAAGAAGAGGAGAUCAGGAGUCUUACCGAGGAAAGAGAUUUCUAUCUUAGAGAGCGAAACUUUUUCCGGGAUGUGUAUUCAAGGACCCCUGGUGCCCAAAUACCCCAACGGCCACCGUCGCCUCGGACUUUUAAAUCUCGGGCCACUUCCCUUGCCUCAGAUGAUGAAGGGGAGCGCACUUCGGUGGACCCAGACGACAGAGGGAGAGGCUCAGGGGGGCGUAACGUUAGGCAGAGAAUUGGGGCCGGGCCAAUCCAUCUACCAUACCCAGGAUCUCAGACUCCUAGUCCUUUCGUCCCUACUUCAACAAUAUCCCCUUCUACUCAAACACCGCCUGCUCCAUCCUAUCCAUUGUCAUACCCUUCGACCUGGCGUGCGCCUUCUGUGAAUACCACUUCCCAACCUGGAGACAUAACGUCUACCACAUCACCAGCAGCUCAAACCAAUCCACAUGAGAGCCAACAACAACAGAAAGGUUCACCAUUUCCACACCCUCAGCAACAACACCAACAUGAACAGUGAUGGUGAAUAAGAGGGUCACAAGCCUAGGGCCAAUAUUCCACUUUAUCGACUUGGAGCUGGAUCUCUAACCGAUACCUUAUACCUGUAUAUGCAGAUCUCAUAUACUUUUGAUCUAAUCUCAAUAUCAACUAAUUAUUCCCUGAGAGCACCUAAUCCUCCUUUCCCUAAAAUCAUCCCCCCUUUUAUAGCUCCUAUUAUUCUCCAACUCUGUCCAUUUUUUUUUUUUUUUUCAGCUUCGGUCAUCUUUAAUAAACAUGCUUGGGUAGGAAGUGUGGCUACAAAUUGCCCUGGGAACAGCAUACUUACAAUAUUACUAUGGUAGGAAGAGGGCAACCUCUGCUGGAAGGCGUCAAACUGUUUUCUUAUUCUAUAUACUCGCUUUUGUUCAUUGGCCUGUCUUUGCAUCUUUUUCUAUUGUUCCUAUACUUCCGGAAGCCCUGCCCUAAUAAGGGUUUCGGCGUACACUACUUUCUGUUUUUGAUGUCUUUCGUUUUUCCUUUUCCGCUUUUUAUUUCUCUCUGGUUACCUUAUCGAAAGACAAGGUAUGGUAAUGACCCCUAUGCUCUAUCAAAAUGACAUUGAUGCCUUUUUUGAUCGGGAUGGAGUGCAGCCAAUCUGCGAAGUUUUCUACUCUGACUAUUAUUCCUAUUUAUUCAUCUCACUAGGCUGAGUUGAUAUCUUCUUGUUUGUUACCUCUUCCAUCUUUCAACCCUCUUUGUAUUGAUACCCAGGGUGGCACAAUGCUUCAUUUUUUUUUUUAUUUACUUUUUUUUGUACUCUGGUUUUUCUCUUCAUUUGCAGUCCUCUCAUUCUACAAUCAUCUGUCUAUCUAUUUAUUCGGGGUGAGUUACUUUAGAUUUUCCUUUCCUGCCACCCCAGUCUGUUUUUAUUCCUUGCCCUAUCUCUCCGGUGUGUUCGGUGAUAAUCACCAACCCACAUCUGCGAGUAAAAAAAAACGAAAGGUCGAUAUCAGCAGCCAUCAAUCACGCACGAUUGAUUUUUAUGUUCACGCGGGGCAUGAAGACAGUGAAACGAUCUGCAAAAGAAACCAGUGAGAAAGAGCAAGAAGUGACAUACGAGAGAGACAGGGAAAGGAAAGAAAACACGCGGCAGAUUUGGCAUGUUUAUUUCCUACUUUAACAGUGUUAUUUUCCGUUCCAUAACUGAUAACUAGCGUGGGGGGCGGAAUGGCCUU